AUGGUGGAGUGGGCCUCCGGCCCGUCCCUCUCAGCCUCUGCAGCCGAACACCUGGCUGUGUGCUCCCGGCAUGCUGCAGAGAAGUUCCCACGGGGCAGGGAUGGGCCAGGGACUGAGGGGGGCGCAAGCUGGGAUGGGGCCUGGGGUCUCUGGGUCCCCCAUGGUGAUCCUGUGUCCUCCUCCUCCUCCUCCCCAGCCUCCUCCCCGUGCAAGAUCCUCAAGUGUAACUCCGAGUUCUGGAGCGCCACGUCGGGCAGCCACGCCCCGGCCUCGGACGACACCCCCGAGUUCUGCGCGGCGCUGCGCACCUACGCCUUGUGCACCCGCCGCACGGCCCGCACCUGCCGCGGGGACCUGGCCUACCACUCGGCCGUGCACGGCAUAGAGGAUCUCAUGGACCAGCACAACUGCUCCAGGGACGGCCCCACGGCCCAGCCGCGCCCGCGCACGCCCGCGCCGCCCGCUGGGGACAGCCAGGAGCGCGCCGACAGCCCCGAGACCUGCCACUACGAGAAGACCUUCCACAAGCACGCGGCCGCCCCCAACUACACGCACUGCGGCCUCUUUGGGGACCCCCACCUCAGGACCUUCACAGACCGUUUCCAGACCUGCAAGGUGCAGGGCGCCUGGCCGCUCAUCGACAAUAAUUACCUGAAUGUGCAGGUCACCAACACGCCGGUGCUGCCGGGCUCGGCCGCCACCGCCACCAGCAAGCUCACCAUCAUCUUCAAGAACUUCCAGGAGUGCGUGGACCAGAAGGUUUACCAAGCCGAGAUGGACGAGCUUCCCGCAGCCUUUGCUGAUGGCUCCAAAAAUGGGGGGGACAAACAUGGGGCCAACAGCCUGAAGAUCACCGAGAAGGUGUCGGGCCAGCACGUGGAGAUCCAAGCCAAGUACAUCGGCACCACCAUCGUGGUUCGGCAGGUGGGCCGCUACCUGACCUUCGCCAUCCGCAUGCCGGAGGAGGUGGUCAACGCCGUGGAGGACCAGGACGGCCAGGGCCUCUACCUCUGCCUCCGCGGCUGCCCGCUCAACCAGCAGAUCGACUUCCAGGCCUUCCACACGGGCCCUGAGCGGCCCGGGGCCCGCAGGCCGGCGGCCGACAGCCCGGCCCCCGCAGCCCCAGACACGUUUCCCUACGAGAUCGCCGUGGCCAAGUGCAAGGAGAAGCUGCCGGUGGAGGACCUGUACUACCAGGCCUGCGUGUUCGACCUCCUGACCACGGGGGACGUGAACUUCACGCUGGCCGCCUUCUAUGCCCUGGAGGAUGUGAAGACGCUGCACUCCGACAAGGCCAAGCUGCACCUGUACGAGCGGACGCGGGAACGCGCGCGGGGGGUGGCCGCCGCCCCGGCCCCCCCGGGGCCCCGGCCCCUGCUGGGCGCCCUGGCGCUCCUCCUCCUGCUGCCCAGGAGCUGGUAGCCGCCCAGACGGCCGUGUGGCGCCCGGCACCCCAAGAGGGAGGCCCAGCUUUGGCUUUUGGGAGCAGAGGUGGCCGCGGGCCAUGGACAGAUCUCCCCCAGAACUCAUGGGGGGAGGGGGGUGGCACCCCAUCUUCCCUAGACAAGGUUGUGAUGAUCGUGGUGCUGUGAUGUUGGUGACGGUGAAGCUGUGGGGAGCCACCACAGCUCCCCUCCGCAACGCCCACCCCUGCC